CAAACAAAAUGCAAAAUAAAACUUUAUCCGAAGAACUUGAUUCAUUAAUCAAUCCGGAACCAAUUUCGAUUGAUAUUGAUAAUGAUGGACAAGAUGAAUCAACAUUAGCAACAAAAAUUUUCGAAGUUAAUCUAAAUGCAGAAGAUAGACAAUAUGAAAAUUCAACAAUUAGCCAGAUUCGUCGAAAUCAAAUCCGACAAUUAUCAUCAUUUGAUAAACGUUAUUCGGGUAAAAAAAUUAAACGACAAGAUUUUAUCGAAAGUUUUGAACAUGUUGACGAAAAUAUUGAUGAAGAAGAAGAAAGUAUCGAUGAUGAAGAUGAAUAUCAUUCUUUCGAUGAUGAAGAAGAUGACCAUCAACAUUCGGAUGAAGAUCAAUCCCCAAUCCUAUAUGAUCAUAAAGAAGCAAAACAACAAAAUUUAAAUAUUAUGAAUGAUUAUAAUGAUGAACUGGAAAUGAAAGCAAUUUCAGUGAAAAAUCAAUUAAUUCUUUAUGAAUCUUUAUUGAAUUUACGUAUGAAAAUACAAAAAAUUUUAACAUUAUCAAAUCGUUUACCAUUGGAUUUGUCCAUAUUAAACAAUGAUGAACAGAAUAUGGAAAUGAAAAAUCAAUCAUUGAAAGGAAUUCAAAAAUUACAAAAUAUUUUUCUGGAAAUGGAUGAUUUGAUUCACAAUAAUAAUGAUGAUGGUGAUCUUGAAACAACGAAAAUGAAAAAAAGAAAAACACCGAAUUCGGAAAAGAUUUUAGCAAAAAGAUUUUGUACAUUAAAACAAUAUUAUCCGGAAAUAAUUGAUGAAUGGCAUGAGAAAACAAAAUUUGUUCAUCAGAAUAUUAAUCUUAAAAAAUUUGAUUCAUUCAAUAUUCGUCCAUCGAAAAUAAUUGAUAAAAUUCUUAUGGAUAAAGAACGAUUAAUAAAUCGUACGAAAAUCAAACGAAGUCAAUAUAAAAUUAUUGGUGAAAAUGAUGAUGAUGAAAUCGAUGAUGAUGGUCAUAUAUUUGAUGAUGAUGAUUUUUAUCAAUCAUUAUUGCGGCAAAUAAUCGAAAGUAAGACAUCGAACGCCGCAUCCUCUGAAUAUUUAUCAUCGAAUAAAAUUACCGAAAUACAAAGAUUACGUAAUAAAUCAAAAAAACUAAUCGAUACAAAAGCAAGUAAAGGUAGAAAAAUUCGUUAUGAUAUUCAUGAAAAAUUGGUAAAUUUUAUGGCACCAUUAGAUCGUACAAUAAUGGAAGAUGAUGCUAAAAAUGAUUUAUUUAAAUCUUUAUUUGGAAAUUAUUCCAUCGAAUCACCAUCAACAGCAACAACCGAUGAUUUAUGAUUUUUCUAAAUUGCAAAGCGCCUUUCACCUGUAUGAACACAGCUGGUCUGUUGUUGUUGUUGUUGUUGCCACGCCUUUGUUUUGGUUUUUUGGUUGUUGUUGGGUCUUCGAAUUGAUUCGAUUUGUGAUCCAAUUUUUUCAUUGAUUAUCAUUUGGAAAUUUAAAGUAUUUUCUGGCUCCAAAAACCACAUAUCGAGAAUAUGUAAAAUAUAAAUUCAUUUUUCCUUCUUCAAAGUGUGUGUGUGGUGUAUGGAUGUACACAACAUUA